AUGCUCUCACGACACCGCAAUCCCAAUUGUAACACACCUACUCACACAUCCUCAGCAGAGUCGGUUCCUCCUGUUCUUGGAAAGCAUGCUCAUCACCCAACAGUGGCUAUUGCCACCCAUCUGGCUGAAGUUGAACUCUCCAAAAAGCAACGCCUUUCUCAAGGCAGCCAGAAAAGCAAGAAAGUUCCGGCAUCAGUUACAAACCCAACGAGGGACAAGAUGAAGUCUGUCAACAUGACCUACACCACAGCUGACCAACCUGAAUACGAGAAUGACAGCAGUGACAAUGGCAGUGACAGUAAUGACAAUGCUGGUAGGAGAAAUGUUGAGAAGGGCUCUCACUCCUCAGUCUUGCAUUUCUCCAAUGGCAGUGAGUUGAAUAAUAGUGGAGAAAUGACUGAACCAAAUGAUGAUGCGGCUUUAGAAGCAAACAAGUUGCAGGCUGAAAUUACAGCCUUAGCCGAACAGAUGGAGGUGAAACGUAAGGCACUCAAGCUCAACAAAACCCGGAUCUCCAGUGGAUGGACCAGCCACCACACCAGUUGGCCCCAUGCCUCCCCAAACUCAAACACCAAAUCCGUCAUCAAGGACGCGUAG